AUGGCUGCUCAUGGAAGCGGAGCUCUGUUCGCUUCCUUGUUUUUCGAUCAGAUUAACAGUCCGAGUGACCAGGAAGGAUUUCUCUUGGGCAAAAUCAUUGAUCAAGUUCAUGACCGAAUCAGCGACUCUCAGAUUAGCAACUACAAAGUUGAAACUAGAGUUUGCAUAUAUUCCUACCUUCCAUGGCCGAGAGUGCAGAAACUGUACAAUCAUGCUGGACAGUUCUCCAUUGACCUGUUGAAACAAUUUCUGGAUGGAAAAGAAACGGAUGUUAUAGGAUGGUACAAGUUUCGCCGGAACUCGACGUUGCGCCCAUCACUGAAGGAGAGCACACUGCACUGUAACUUGAUCUACUCUCUGUCACUGGAGUAUGACCAGCCGGAAAACUUCCUGUUCUUCCUGUGUAGCACCUUCACCUCACAGAACCUGGCUACACAUUCAUACGACCACUGUUUUUUGAAGCACCACCAUGGAAAAUUUCACAGGAUUCCUGUACAGAUUGUGAAUCUAGGGGACACAACUCAUGCAUCUUACAGACAGCAGCCAAAUCUUGGUAUCAAUCCAGAAAGUGGAACAUUACAUUCUGUACUACAUAGAUUCAGAGACGACUUUGUCAUGCCUGAUGGGAAAAUGCUAGAAGUGAAGAGAAUUAGAUCAAUAUCAGCAAGUGUGAACGAAAAGCUUCAGAGUUUAGCGGUGACUGUCCUACAGAGUGAGUUAAAACUGGGAUCGCUUGAAGCAGAAGUUGACAUGCUUACUAAGAGAUUGGUAGAUAAAGAGAAGGAGCAUAAUCCGGCCAAGCCACUCCCACCAACUUCACCCCCGCCACCAUAUAUGGAAAUUUUCAAUCAGACUCCGAGUGCCAACAGAAUCAAGAUUCACUCGAUGAGGUCGGACAUGAAGUACCGGAGAAGUAUUGGAGAUAGCGAUGGUGGUGUACGACAAGUUCGACAGAUGAGUCUGGAUGAAGACGAGUACAAUCCUCCACAUGAAAAGUUUCAUCCUAGUGAUACUUCAAAGCUAAAUGUCAAAGAGUUUGACAUCAUCGAAGGACCGGAAAACCUCUGUCAAGGCAUGCAAGAGACGAGUAUUGCUGACCAGUCGAUAUCCUACCCACCUGAUAUUACCACAGCAGAGAAGACUCCUGCUGUGAGUGAGAGCGACACAACAGCCAGAAUGUCCACUCGCAGAAGAACAACAGCAGCAGCUAAAACGGGUCCUUUGAGAAUAAAUGAUGUAGGAGCGGGCUCCAGUGGCACUGCUGAUCACUUCUCUUUCGUUAACAAUGUGCUGGAGAAAGAAAAACAUGCUGGGAAGCAUGACGAUUCUAUGGCUAUUCCUGUUGGUGAUAAGAUAAAACUGCCUCCAAGUUCUGAUGGAAUGGGUAACAAAAGUAGAACUCAUUCGGCAGUGAAGUCUACAGGAAAACACAAGCUGUACACACCAUCGCAUAUGGGAGAAGCCGAGAGCGGACCGGAGUAUAACAUUAAUAGUGCAGCAAGUGUGUCGAAAGCUAAGUCACACAGUCGAGAUGCUGAAAUGUCAAAGUUGGACAUGUCGGGAAACAUACGGCCGAGGACGAGGCAAGGUCAUGGUCAGCGCGAGAGGGUGCGGCCGAGGGAGAACUAUAACGGUGACUGUGUAAACGACAGUGCGGGACUUAAUCAAAGGUGUCAGCCUGCUCGCUCCUGCAGUCCACGGAACAGGCAGAUUGCAGCUUCUAAAACAAACACUACAUUGUCUGAUGGUUUCAUGGAGCAGGAGCGUUCAAAAGAAGCCAAACAACGGGAUAGCCUUGACAUUUCGUCCUCGCCUGUGUUUUAGCUCUUAAUUUUGGUCUUUUAGCUAUAAGUAACUUUAUAUAAGCUGCAUGUGUUUCUUUGAUGAAUGAAAACAAUUUGUGAUUUCUGCUAAUAUCGCCCAUUAGUUUCUCAAGUGAAAAAGUAAUUGACCCUUCCACACCCAUCAUUUGUUUCAACAGACCUAUUUCUCAUUCCAUCUGAGCAUGAGCACAAAGUUCCUUGCUGAAUUAGACUACAUCCAGGGUAUUUAGUGCUGGGGGGGGGGGGGGGGGGGGGGGGUGACCGACAGUUGACAUGAGUAGCUUUUGUAGAUAUGAAACUGGUGACUAAAAUGCAAAUAUUUUUUAUCAGAUGAUAUACAUGUAAUGUCCGUAAAAUUAAAGCAGAAUGGUUCAAAUAAAAAAACAUUGCAAGAACUUAAACAAAAUCUCUCUGAUUUGUACCUGAGGGCUGUGAAACUGAUGAAUUACAAAAGCAUAUUUUAUAUCAAAUAGUGUAAUGAAUGGGAAAAACGGUCUACUAAAGUUGACGUCGGAAUGGUUUAGGACUAAAAGCAGUGAAACAGCUUGCACAAAGUCUCUGGGGCUUCCUGUCGAGGUGCUGUAAUAACAAAAUUAAAAGAUCCAUACAAUAAAAUGCAAGGAAGUGGCAUGUAUUUGCUACUUUGAAUAUUUAGAAUUAUAGUUAAAUAUUCACAAUGAUUUCCAGUAAUGUUUAAUUUUCCACCUGAAUCAGUAUUUAAAAUUUAAUAAAAUAUGCCCCUCCUCUUAAAAACUCACAUAGACCUUUAUCACA